GUGGUGGCAUACCAGGCGUAUGAGGAGUACCUCAAGCUCCAGCCGAUGGACCGCCCGAUGAUCCAGCCACGGCUGAAUUGGCAUGACGACGCCCGCUACCUGGCCUUGGCGACGCGAGCCACGAGCACGGUAGAGGUGCUGUUCGCGACGCUGGUGUGGGCAGGCCCAAGGACGCUGAAGGACAAGACUGACGUUUUGGAGGCCGUCGAGCGCCGGGGCAAGGGUCCCGUCGACGUCAAGCACGUGCAUUCGUGCUUGCAGCGCUGGCAAUUCGAUCUUCUUCGGCUCCAGCGGCUGCAAAUGCAGCCGCCCGAUCCCGUCGUGCAGCUGGCAACGCUUAGGACGAUGGUGGGCCGCAUGAUUGAGCAGUCCCACACCUUCGAGCAUGGCCUGAGCGGUGCGUCCACGGCGAGUCAGCGGCAAGUGGACGAAUACUGGAGGUACCUGUCUGCGGAGAGCCGUGAGAUUUCGGGCACGCCGCCCCCGCAGCCUUCGCAGGCCGCUGCCGGUGAUCGAGGUGUCCGUGCUCAGAUCGCUCGCCUGGAGGCCGCCCUGGCUAAGGCGACGGGCUCGGCGAGCCCCAAAGGCAACGGCAAGGACAAGAGCGGCAAGGGCAACGCAAGGGAGGACAAGAACAAAAGUGGCAAGCAAGAUGCACAUGCCGCCGCCGCCACGGGCCUCGAGCUGUGCCGGCACUUCGAGUCCGACAAGGGCUGCAGGAACGGAGGCCAGUGCACGCGCAAGCACCGCAAGUUGGAGCCCCACGAGAACAAGUGCUUCAAUUGCGGCAGCAAGCAGCACCCGAAGGCGGUCGCGCGCGCCAUGCAGAGCUUCGCCGCGCAGGCCGACAGCGGCUACCGGGCAGACUGGAGCGGCCAGGCAGGCGAUCCGUUCGCACCGCCCGACGCGCGUCCGCGGCCGCAGCAGCCGCAGCAGCCUGUCAUGCGCAUGCUGCGCUUAAAUCUCCAGGGAGCCACCGUCGCCGCGUCGCGCCAUGGACGCUUCAGGCCAGAGAUGCUGCUGUGCGAUUCGGGCGCUAGCCACGAGCUGCGGCACCUCUGGCCUGGCCAGGCCCCGCUGCCAGGCAGCGUGCCCAUCAAUCUAGGCCUUGCCGUGGGGCAGGCCUCUGGCGAGGUCUACAUGUCGGAGGACCAGGUGGUGUACGCCGUGUCGUCGACGUUGCUGCAGGCCUUGUUCCCCAUCUCCGUGUACGUCCACGAGCUGGAGGUGAGCAUGCUGUGGGGCCCUGCUCGGGCGGCCAUUUCGCUGCCCGGCGGCCGCGCCAUCGAGCUUGUCGUUGACCGCGACGGUUCGGUCUUCAUCUCGGAGGUGCAGGCCGAGACGCUCCGAGGCAUGCGCCGCCUGCGCCGCGCGCAGAUCGGCGCGUCCAGGUUUGUGGACUGUGUGCGGGCCGCGGUGGUGCAGCAGAGCCUGGAACAGCACCGCGCUGCUGGGCAUCCGCACUUCCGUCCUGAUUGCGCGGAGUGCCGUCUAGCCGCUGGCCG